AGAGGAGUCUGCGUGGUUACAGGUGUCCGUGCAUGCGAAACAUUGGAAACUAGCAGGAUGAUAUGUUAUGGUGAUGGUGAAGACUGAAGAUUUGUAUUAUAGAGGUGGUGGAAAUAUAGUGGUGGGUACCGGUGGAAUCAGAAGGCUGGAGAUGUGAAUAUGCGCCUCCAAGUGGAGUCGGCGCGUGGACAGAGAAAAUAAAUUGAGAAAUUUUUUUGGGAGAAAGAGCCAAAGAAACUUGAGCGUAGAAAUAAAGGGAAAGAGAGAGAGAGAGAGAGAGAAAGGGCGAAAAAAAGAGGAGAAGAAAGAAAGAAAUCUAGUAUAUUGCAUUUAGAAAAAAAAAGAGGUGGAGAAAUUUCUGCGAGCUCCUUUAUAGGAGGAGACGAAGGAUGGACCAAUUGCCCCUCUUUCACCAAUCUUCUUUCUUCAAUAUCUUUCAUCUGUCAUUCGCUGGAUCUCUUUUCGCAAACAGAGAAAAUUGCGGAAUAAAGGGAGGGCUAAUUUUCCGAGGCGCUAAAAAUACGAGAAAAUUGUGUUUUCGUUCACAUUGGUACGUUGUUAAAUUGGCGUUAUUUUUUUUUCCUCGGGGAGGAAAAAAACAGUUAUACGCAUCAAGGCUGUCUCUCACAGCUCAUUUAGCAAUCUUGGUCAAAACGGCUGUGGAACGUUAUAAUAUAUACGUAUACAGAGAGAUUUCACACAAAGGUAAAUGUUACUCUUCACAUUUCAUGACGAGCGAUGCAUCAUGGGGUUGUGGAAGCGAAUCAAGGGCUAGAAUAUACGAACAGGGGUUUGGGUAAGUCGCUUUUAAUAGCCGAGCAGCUCACAGCUGCCGCCGCUUUUGUCUAUAUCACUGUUCGAAGCUUGAUGGCUCAAGUCCUGUGCUUCUCUUUCCAUAAUUAUGACGGGAAAUCGAACAAUUUAUUCUUCUUCUUCUUCUCCUUCUUUAAAUUAAAUUUCAUCUUGCGAUUAUAAUAUGUCGAAAAGGGAAAGAAAAAACAAUACACUCAAUUUUUUUUGUUUAAUA